GGGCUCGGGGAGAAGUGGCGACUGGCGAGGGGGCGAGCGCUCCCUUCUCCCGCCCAGCCGCGCCUCCGCCCUCCUCGGAGCUCCCCGAGUGGCGCCUCCUUCGAGCGCAGGGCUGGACUGUCCCGCCCGCCCGCCCGCCCGCUCCGUCUGGCUGUUCUGCUGCUGCUGCUGCCCGACGGGCGGACGGAGGCGCCACGGCGCGAGGAAACGGGCACGGCGCUUCCCAGCGCGCCGCGAUGCGGGUGAGAGGAGCGAGGCGAGGCGGUGGGGUCGGAGGGCGGGGAAGGGCUGGGGGGCGGCUGAAGGGCAAAUGCAGGAAACAGCCGCCCAAAGUUGCAGGAACGGGCGCAGCGGGAAGAGCAGCAGCCGCUGCGUCGGAUCCGCCCUUCCCUUUUUGCCUUGACCGCGGCGGACUCCCAAAUGUUCCGCUGCUGGAUGGCUCCUCAGCGGAGUGUCUCAGGAUCGGGAGCACCCAGGUCCUUCCCGACAAAUUAAAGGACAGUCCGAGACAGGGAGGAAACUUCCUGUUCCUUGGAAAUAGACCGGUUAACUUGGAAUUAACCCGUUUCCGGAUAAGCAGGAUUGGUGCACCAGAGCUCUCAGCCAGGCACACACGAGAUCUAAUUAUUGAUGAUGAUGAUGAUGAUGAUGAUUGAGCAGGAAGGUUGUUCUGUCAAUAGAUUUUGGUACCUACCUUGCACAUCGGAUGAAUCAGGAGUAGUGGCUGGACUCAAACUCAUCAUCAGCCGUAGCCAACCUAGCCAAUGGUCAGGGAUGAUGGGAGUUGUAGUCCAGCAAUAUCUGUUUAUGCCGCACCUGCCAUAAACAACUGUGCAGAUCUGGCUUAACUGAGAAAAAUAAUUUGGCAUUCGCUCUUACUUUACACACAGUGGGUUCAACACCUGUUAUUAAUUUAUGCAAAUUACAGUGGUACCUCUGGUUACAUACUUAAUUCUUUCUGGAGGUCCGUUCUUAACCUGAAACUGUUCUUGACCUGAGACACCACUUUAGCUAAUGGGGCCUCCUGCUGCUGCCACGCUGCCGGAGCACGAUUUCUGUUCUCAUCCUGAAGCAAAGUACUUAACCCGAGGUACUAUUUCUGGGUUAGCGGAGUCUGUAACCUGAAGCGUAUGUAACCUGAGGUACCACUGUAAAGCUUUUACUGGUACAGUCAACACAAUAGGAAGCCGCACCUCAGUUGUCGAAUAUUUUUGAAGCCAAACGGGCUUCCGGAACAGAUUAGGUUUGACAACCGAGGUCUGGCUGUACUAAUAAUUCUGCCUGACAUUAUAAACAGCUAGGAAUACAGACGACUGGGUUUCUGUGUUUUGGCUUAUGCAGUAAUUCUUAUUCUGCAAUUUUGGUCUACACAAUUAGAGGCUGGUCCUUCUGAUGUCGUGGCACACACACGCUGGGCACCCACAGUGUAGGGCCCAAGUUGGCACCACUGCACUGUUGACUUAAGUUCAGCUUGUGGUCUACUAAGACAAGCCAGGUGUCCUCCAUCUUAUAUUUGUCCUGCUGAUUCUUACUGCCUAAGUGUAGAACCUUACAUUGAAUGAAUUUAUUAUUUUGGUCACAGACCAGUUCCAGCUCACAUACAAAAUCAGGGAAGUCAUGAAACACAAUAGAACCUUACAUUUGUCCCUACUGAAAUUCAUUUUGUUGGUUUGGGCCCAGUUUUCCAAUCUGUUAAGGUCCUCUUGAAUACUAAUUAUGUCUUCUGCAGCAUUAGACACCCUCCCAGUUUGUUGUCAUCUGCAAAUUUGAUGAGCAUCCCCUCAGUUCCUUCAUGCAAAUUGUUUAUAAAUACAGUGAACAACAACGGGCCUACAACAGAACCCUGCGGUUCCCCACUUGUCACUUCCCCCCGAACUACAAUUCCCAUAAUCUCCAGUCAUUGGCUAUGCUUGCUGGGGCUGAUGAAAGUUGUAGUUUAACAGCAUCUGGAGUGCCAAAGUUUCCCCACCCCAGUUGUAGACAUUAUGAAAGAGGAACUUAGAUGUACAGUUGCUGCUCUGGGCAGCACCCACACAACAAGUGUGGUACUCUUGUGGUCAGACUUAGGACUGAGGAGAUCCGAGUUCAAAUCCUCACUCAGCCAUGAAGCUUGCUGGGUGCCUUUGGGGCAGUUAGUAUCUCUCAGUCAAACCUAUCUCAUCAAGUUGUUGUAUAGAUAAAAUGUGGAAAAGAAGAUGAGAGAACCACAGACUAGCCUGAGAAACUUAGAUAUCAAUGUAAUAAUACUGUCCAAAUGUAAAACAAUGUUAACCCUUAAUGCAACUUGUGAAAAUGCUGUUGGUCUAUUCUUGGUCUAUAUGAUUACCUUUCAUAUUUCUUUGCUUGGCACUGGAGAAUGAGACAAUAAAAAUUGAAUAUAUGAUAUCUUCUGUAAAAGCUGAGUCACUGAAAAGAAAGAUAAGAGUGUGAGAAGCCUCUGUGGGCCAGUGUGGCCUAGUGAUUAGAGUCCUAGAUUAGAACCUUGGAGACUAGGGUUUAAAUCCCUACUUGGCCCUGAAUUUCACUGGUUGAAUCAGCCUCUACCUCACAUGGCUGCUGUGAGCAUUAAAUAAGGAGGGGAGAACCAUAUCUCCCCCCUUGAUCUCCUUUAAGGAAAGGUGAGAUGUGAAGCAAAAAGGAAUAAACAAGAGUAUUUGUUUAGUCACAUUCUUUGUAUGUCACCUUUCAUUGAACAGGAAUACCAGAAGAAGAGUCCAAAGGCCAAUCUCGCCCAGCAGAGCAGCUAACCAGAGUCCUGUGGGAACUCCAUAAGCAGGGCAUGAGCGCAGUAGCCCCCUCCAUUCAUGGACUGUUUUAGAGUAGCAAAUUCCUUAGUUUUACUCUGCGUCGUGUACAGGACUUCCUUUCAUCCGAACUGAAUUUUCCAACGUUCAGCUUCCCUGAAUGCUGAGUUAUGCCUGCAUGGAAGCUGUAACUUCUAACUUGGAAGCCCCACUCUCUAAUUUCAGAUAGGAAGCUUGUGAGAGAUGCAUAUAGCCUGCCUUUUUUCGGGAGGCCCUCACCGCAUGUUCUAGAGCUGAUGCUGGAGCUCAAGGCAAGUUUUUAGCAUCAAAGCAGAAGAUAGGUUAAAGGUGUGAAUACAUUCAACAGAUCUUUGUAUUUGAAAAUAAUGCCGCAAAGGGGCCUGACCAACUUCAUGACUGCAGUCUGCGGGGGCGGGGGGAAUCUUUCUCUCUGCACCAUGAUCCUGUUUAAAAUUGGCACAGCAGGUGCCCCCUCCAAGAGGAAAACUGCCUCUGUGCCAGUGCCCCCUGGCUCAAACCAAGCCUUGUCUAGGAGGAGUCUGUUGGCAUAAGAGUCAUAAACUAACACGCUGCUGCUUUCUGCUCUUUCGUUUGUGUUGGUCUUUAUUUAGUAGCACUCAUCUCUAUAUUUAGAUUCAUCCCAGAAGAUUCAUGAGUGGCCACUAUUGUAGGAGUGAUUCCCUCGACAGGCUCCCAGCCACUGCCACCUCCUCCAUCGGCCUGCUUUCCCGUCUUUCUCUGAUUCACUUUUAUCUUGCACAGAAUCCGUCUGUAGAAGGAACCUGACUGGAUUCCCAAGGAUGGAGCCCUCCUGCUUUCUGCGCUUCUUGCCGCUCUUGUUGCUGUGCCCAGCAGGAGCCCCCUUCCGGAUCUGUGCCUUCAACACUCAGCGCUUUGCCCAAGGGAAGGCAAGCAAGGCCAGCGUCAUGGACACACUUGUCAAGGUGGGGACUUCAAGGCAACCCCCGGCGGGUGCCCUGAUUCUUCUGGAUGCAUGUCGCUUCUGUGGGUUGAAUUCCUUCUUUAGACAGGAUUUGCUCACAUGAACAACGUGUAUUAACAAGUUCUAAUGGGUGUGGAAGGAGUAGGAAGGACAGGUUAGGAAGAGAAGCCACUAAAGUUAGGUGUAGGGGUGGAUCUGCUAUGAAACUACCCCUGGUUCAAAGCGCCUAAUUCCAGAGGAGCCCUAGAAGUGACUUUAGUCUACAGUGCUUUAAAAAAUUGGGUCCAGUAGAUCCAAUUUGAGUUGCAUGACUCAAAUUGAUUAAUUUUUUGUUGUAUAUAUUUUGAUAAUCCCAAAGUUUUUGAGUAAAGUUGUUGUAAAGGUGUGGCAAUCUGUUGUGGAACAACCCCAUUGAAUAAAAUAAGAGUGGUUGGUUACCCAGACCUUUUUGCUGGUUGCGAAUGGGCCCCCAUGGCAGUUCAAGUUUCAGGGCCCCCAAAACAUAGGCCCGUCACUGGUUAGGAGCUCCAGGGGAGAGCCAAAGUUCAGUGGUAAGAACACAUGCUUUGCAGGCAGAAGGUUCACCUUUAAAUGUGAACUGAAUCAGAAUUCUCUCCCAUUCCCUAGGUAUAGCCCAGACACAGAUUUACCACCUUGUUUAGGACUAACAUGUUGGAGUCUAACAACAUUUGGGCUCUCUACCCCUGAUAUACAAGCUAAUGUGUCUCUAUUCCCUCCCACAGAUCCUCUCUCGUUGUGAUAUCGCUGUCCUACAAGAGGUGAUGGAUGCAAAGGGAAAAGCAGUUCCUGCCUUGGUGGCUGCCCUGAAUCGGUGAGUGUGAGUAAUAUGGGAGAAAUGCGACCAGAGGAAGAGGAAUCCAUGAAGAGAUAGUGGAGCAGAAGACAACAGGGCCUUUGGAAAGAAUAUGGACUGGGAAAGAGAAAUGAAUGGGAGGAAAGCUGAACAGUUGCAUGAUGGGAGCAAGGCUGGCCCAGAUAUUUUGGUGCUUGAGGUGGAAAAACCCUUCCCCCUAAAUUUUGUUGGGCAUAAUUCCCCAGGCUGUUCUGCAUGAGUCUCACAGGAAUGAGAGGGAGAUCUGUGCAAGAUUAGCAAUACCAUAAUACCAUUUAUUUCAAUGAGGCUUGUGCAGGAAAAUUGCCAGUGUGCUGUGAUUUGUCUCAUGGCAGGACUGUGUCAGAAUGUUGCAUAUGGUGAUGGGGUGUGUGUGUGUACACUAACCCCCAGUCAGGCAGUAAACAGAAUACAGUGGUAUCUCUGGUUAUGAACUUAAUUUGUUCCGGAGGUCUGUUCUUAAUCGGAAACCGUUCUUAACCUGAGGUACUACUUUAGCUAAUGGGGCCUCCCACUGCCACCCCGCUGCUGGUGCACGAUUUCUGUUCUCUUCCUGAGGUAAAGUUCUUAACCCGAGGUACUACUUCUGGGUUAGCAGAGUCUGUAACCCGAAGUGUUUGUAACCCAAGAUACCACUGUACCAGCUAAGGAACCCCACUGGGUUCAUAGCUCUGAGGCUCAUGCUGGUAGUCAGGGGAACUACUGAACCCAAGGCCAGCCAGCAGGAGCUCAUUGAACCUGAUGCACAGCACCAGGGCACAUAAAACCAGCACCAGGACUCUCACAGGUGCCUUCCUGUGGGCCCAAAAAACAGAGUGCCUCGCACAGUACCUCACCUGUCCACAGCCCAGGGAAUGCAUCAGGUGGGAAGCUAUGGAACAUGGGAGCGUGCUUGUCUUCAGAGGGGAGGAUUGUCCCUUUAAGAGGCUCUUCUUUUCCAUAAGGGGGCAGAGCAUAGGAGAGAUGGAGUAGACAGAAGAAGAGCUCGGUUCACUUCCAACCUUUGUUGGAACAAGUUGCUUCCUAGAAGCUCUCCUUAGUGUUGUCCUACUCCAAACUAUAAUGUGGUGAGAAUAGUAAGUGCUCACCUUUUCACAUGGCCAGGGCUUUCUCGGCUGCGGCUCCAAUCUGGUGGAACGCUCUGUCAAGAGACUAGGGCCCUGCGGGACCUGACAUCUUUCCGCAGGGCCUGCAAGACAGAGCUGUUCCACCAGGCCUUUUGUCAGGGCGCAGCCUGACUCCCUCCUCUGGCAAUCUGCACAGAAUUUUGCCUAACGGUUGCCAUCAAUUUGAUUUUAUUUUUAUUUUUUUAAAAUAUUUAUUAAAGUUUCAAGAAAUACAAAAAAAGAAAAAGAAAAAGAAAAAUAUACAAAGUACAGAAUAUAGCAAAAAAUAGAGCCAUCAAUUUGAUUUUAAUUAAUUUUUAUAAUGAAAUGUUUUUGGAAUGUUGGAUUAUUUGAUUGUUGUUAGCCGCCCUGAGCCCGUCUUCGGCUGGGGAGGGCGGGAUAUAAAUAAAAUUUAUUAUUAUUAUUAUUAUUAUUAGUAUUAGUAUUGAAGGCAAGGCUAUCAGCGGUUACAAGCCAUGGUAGCUAUGAUCUUCCUCCAUGGUUGGAGGCAGCAGUUUUUUCUGAAUACCAGUUGCUGGAAACCACAGGUCCUGCUUCUGGACUUCCCAUAGACAUCUGGUUGGCCAUUGUGGGAAAAGGAUGCUAGACUAGAUGGGCCUUUGACCUGAUCCAGCUUGGCUCUUGUGUUCUCACCUUCCAGUAGCUCCUGGAGUAUCAAGGGACUGAGGUCCAAGAGUUGACACAUACCUUAGGUGGGGUAGAGGAGCAAGUCACACAGGCUAGUGGUUCUCCACAGCAGCACAGUGACCAUACUGAGGGAGAACACUGGAUCUGGGAGCUUUAUUGUUGGCAGCAGCAGAGGAUUGGUUCUCCUGAAUCACCCUACUCCCAGGACCAAGAGGAUUCUGGACUGUAAUGAUGGUGUCCUGGCCUGAACUGCCUGAAGCUCCCUCCUCUGACCUGGGUGGUACAGGAAGCGAGUGUCUGACUUGCAAAACUCCCACAUUGCCUUAUAUUAGGGCUGGAGAACCUGUGGUUCUCCAGAUGUUGUUGGAAUUAACUCCCAUCAGCCGCAGCCAACAAAGGCCAAUGAUCAGGGAUGGUAGUUGUAGUUCAGUAACUGGAGGAACACAGGUUUUCCAUUCCUACUUUACAGUGAGACUUUUUCUCUAUUUAUCCACUCACUGGCUGAAGUGCUUUUUAUAUAUCCACGUAUAUCUUCAAUGCAACUGAAUUCUCUUUUCCUGUCAGGUAUCAUAGUUCUAGUCCCUAUACCUACCUCACCAGCCCUCUGCUGGGCCGGAACAACUACCAAGAACGCUAUGUAUUCAUAUACAGGUGAGUGUCAUGAGUGUGAGUGUGCAUUUAGAUGAUGAUGGUGAUGAAUUAACGUUUAUAUAGUGAUUUUAGUACAUAUUAUCGAGCUUUUAACUACAUUAUCUCAGAUAUCCUUUACAAUCCUGUAAGAUAUGGAGAAAAUAAUACUGACCUAUCACAAAUGGGAGAUUGGAGGCUGAUAGAAUAGAAGCUUGGGGUAUGUCACACUUUUAAAUUGUGUCUUACUCCCUAUCUUCAGAGGAUGAGGCUGUGGGUUCAGAGGAGACACCAGACUGCCCUGGAAGCUCUGGCACAAGAGGAGCCUGUUUUUGCCAGCACCUUUCUAGCAAUUAUUGCCUUGUUCUACCUUAACUUACCGUACCUUCCUUUGCUUUGCCAGAGCCUGGACUUUGCUUUAUCUUGCCUUGCUUUGCUUGACUCUGUGCUGCCUUGGCCGAACCCUGGACUUUACCCUGCUCUGCUGGACCUUGAACUCUUGUCCUGCUUUUGCCAGAACUUUCAUGCUGCUGUGGCCAUCACUUGGAACAGAACCAGGUUAUUUGAGGGAGGGCCUUCUCCUGUACAAACCACCCAGGUCACUGUGGUCUGUAGAUGGGGCUUUCAUGACUGUGCCACAUUUUUAAAAUGCAGAAAUGAUGAGACCCUUUUAUUGCAAGAAAAAAGCAAUUGUUGGUGCCCAAUCUAGGAUGUGCUAUUAACCUUGGUGAGGGCUCUGCAUCAAUUUCCUGCCCCACAUAUUUUCCUUAAUUGUAAUCCCCACAGAUGCAAGGAGUCAAGUUUCGCUCUUAGCAAAUAUCCACCACUUAUUUCAUCCUUAUUCGCUAGACCACAGAUAAUGUGAAAUAAAUUAUUCCUUUUGUUGCUCACACAGCACUGUCUCUGUAGGUACAAUCUAGCCUUCAGCUUCACCCUGGGCGCUUCCAAACUGUUCUUGUGUAGGACUCAAUCGCAUAUCGGCCACUUCAGGUUGCACAAUUGCAGUUGAUUGGAAAGUGUUGUACAGCAAACCCACAUCCCUAAAAGAUUUCACUCUUUGUGAUCAGAAAACUGAUACGGAAAUGUACUGGAAAGUGUGCUUUAACACAAUGUCAUUGUCAGGGAACUGCCAUCAGCUCAGAGGCGAGAGGUGGAAGGUUGUGUUACAGGGAGUCUCUGAAGAUCUUGCAAAGUAGUUCUUCCUCUGGUGAGGAGGGAAGCCACACCUCCAGUGGGGAGGGGGGUGCAAGGAUCAGAAGAUGCUAGGGAGAGCCUCAACACCGAGCCUGAGCAAAGCGGAGGGGAGGGAAGUACUCCUUUGCCAGCGCCUGUUCUGCGCAGUAGUCUUAGGCACAGAGAGGGGAGGAGAAAGUUGGGGGUCACACGGUUGUUAUGCUGGGGAAGGUAUAAGAACCGCCCACUCCCAGAUUCUGCUAACGACUAAGCAGACAUGGACUUGCGACUCUCUGCACAAAAUAGUUUGUACAGAUAAUAAAGCCUAAAAAAGACAGGUUGGAGUCUUGCCUGUUUGCUCUCGAGCAACCAUAUCAACACCUAACAGUAAUCUAAUCUCCCUGUAAACAAAUCAGCCUCAAUUAAAAUGUCAUUUGGAAGUAGCCCAUGUGUUAUCCCUGCUGCAAGCCUGUGAUGGGAGCCUUGCCAGGGAGUAAUAAUAACUACUACUACUACUACUACUACUACUACUACUAUGUACUAAUAUUUAUAUGAAUACCUACUGAGACAAUCCACAAAAAGCAAUUUUAUCAUUAUGAAUUACUGUGGAAACAAGAAAUAUUGGGGGGUGGGAGGGUGCCAAAUUUUGUCCUCGCUCAGAGCACCACAUUAAAGUCCACCCCUGCAUAUUUUCACCUCUUCCUUGGGGCCAGAGUCUGCAUUUUUUCUGUGUGCUCCUCUCCCCUAGGGAACAGAAGACUCGGAUGCUAGACUUCUACUCCUACGAGGACAGACAUCCAGACCGGCCUGAUGUCUUUGCUCGGGAGCCCUUCAUUGUCCGCGUCAGCAUUCCAAACAAAAGUAAGGGGCCUAGGACAUCUCAGGAGUUCUCUUUCUGCAUGGGGGAGAGUGGGGAGCUUGAACUUCCAGGGGGUGAUAUCUGGGUUUGGUAUACAUUUUGUUUUCUGGAAAGUACAAGGAUUGGAUGCUACUCUGGAGGAAGGGUUUUGCAUAAGUCUAUAAAGCUAAUUAGGUACAGAAUCAGAAGUCUUCCUCUUCUUCUUCCUCUUUCUUUUUUCUUUAUUUCCUCUCUUUUAUUUUUUAAUAUUAAAAAUGCUUGGUAUUUGAUGUUAACUUUGGUGUAUUAUUUUUUCUCUUUUUUCCAAGCUCUCAUAAAAAAAAUUAUAUUAAAAUAAUAAAAAAGAGGGCUGAGAGUUAUUAGGAGACUCCUAUUCCCCUUACAGAGCUACAGUUUCCGGAGUUCCCUGGAAAGAAGGAUUGACUGUUAAACAAUUGUGAGAAUUGUAGCUCUGCGAGGAUAUUGGGGGGGGUGUCUCCUCUCAGCACCCUUAGCAGACUAUAGUUCCCAGGAUGAUUGGGGGGGGGGUGUUGAAAGCCAUGACUAUUUAAAGUGGCAUGAUACUGCUUUAAACCUAUAGUGCAGAUGCAGUCUAAGAGACCACCUACUUUCCUCCUGCAUUUUCUUAGGUCAUCCAAGCAAACAUCUGUUGACAAUAGCAUUCAUACAGCAUGACCAGUUUGGACAUAAUAGAAAACCAUGGGGUUUUGUUAUGUGAACAAGCUGCAACAAACCUUGUUUUUGUGUAUUCCACAUUCUCCUUUAUCAUAUGCUAGAGUAGGAAAUCAGAAGUAUCCAGACAAACCAUAGUUCCUGUGAUGUAUGAACUCAGGGAAAUGUGAUUUGCUCAAAUUAAGUUUAGUGAGAACAAGCCAGGAUCAAAAUAGUGGUUUCAGAUCUUGUUUUGUUUUCAAACUGUAGGGGCUAUACUGAGUUGGAAUUCCAAGUUGCCUAGAUUACUCUGUACCUUGUGGUUACCUUUUUCUCCAUUUCCAUUCUUGAGAACUCAAGGAGCUGGUGUUGAUCCCACAGCACACAAUGCCCAAGGCAGCUGAAACUGAAAUAGAUGCUCUUUAUGAUGUUUUCCUGAGUGUGAAGGAACGCUGGGGCACAGAGGUAAGGAAUGGGGACUUGCAAGGGAGCUGAGGUUUAAAAGAAUGGCAGGGGAUUUGCUGUCUCACCGUGCAUCUACAUGGGAAAUUUUUCUGCUGCUUCACUGCUGCAGCUACUACUGACCAUGUCCAGCCAUUGUAAUGUUUGCAAUCUUGUUGACCAUUGGUAGAUAUCAUGGACUGGCUGGAAGCAGAGGAGUCAUGGGAAGCACCAGCUGGGGAACUCCAAGGGGAAGAAGGCUCAGAGUCAGGGGAGUGGUUGUAGGAUGGCGAUGAGUGGUCAGAGGGAGCAGUCUGGGAGGAGGUGUCAGAAGCUUAAGAGGUCACAGGGUUUAGUGAGCAGGAAGAGGCUGUGGCAGAGAACAGUCCAAAAUCAGAGGUAUAAGUGGAAGUUGGGGAGCGGGGAGAGGCAGAGUUCAGGCAGGCUGCUGAAGAAGCCAAGGACUUUCCCCCUCAAACUACAACCAGCCCCCCCUUUCCCCUGGUCUCCCAGAAAACAAAGAGGGCAGAGCAAAGACAGACAAGGCAAAAAAGUCCCAGAUUGCUUGGGAAGGGCGGGGGGGGGGGGAGAGAUGAGAGACUUAGAGAGCAGUGGGAAGGCAGGGAUCUUCAGUCCUCACAACUGCCCCAUUGGGGCAAGACCUAGUUGGAAGAAUUGCUGUGCUCAUUAGGCCUGAGCUGUUUUGUUUCUUUGAAUAAAGAGUUAACUUCACUGACACCUUGAUAAGUUAUUGCUGACUGGCAAACGGCUUCCACCUUGACAGUAGAUUCUGCCAUAUUGGAAAUAUGUCUGGAUGAAGCCUGUGAUGCCACCACAACCAAUAUAGCUUGCUUCUCAGACAGAGCACAAGGCAAGUUCUCUGAUGUUGAGACAAGUAUAUGAGAUGGCACAUAUUGGAGAAGCUGGUCCUUUAGGUAACCAUGCCCCAGGCGGUUAGGUUUCCUGUCCUGUUCCUUGACAUAAAAAGUUCCUCUCCCCUAAUUUGAAGGACAAACACCAUCUCUGCUUGAGAACCUGGCAACUGCUUAUUUUCCAACCAGCAUCUCUUUUCUGCUCUCACUAAUCCCGUUUCUCACUUAACGAAUCUUGGCCAGUGGAUUUUUUCUCCUUCUUAUUCCUCCCCAGGAUAUGAUUUUCUUGGGUGAUUUCAAUGCUGACUGUGGCUAUGUGGCAAAGAAACGCUGGGGACAAAUCCGCCUACGCCAAGACCCUGGCUUUCACUGGCUCAUCGGUGACAAUGCCGACACCACUGUUCGGGACACAACCCACUGUGCCUAUGACAGGUGAGAUCCUGGAACCAGCCUUACUGGUCAGAGAAUGAAUUGCAUGAUCCACUCUACUUUAACCCAUGCCUCACUGUUCCUUACACCUAAACAGGAUUGUGGUGCAUGGAGAACGCUGCCUGGCUGCUGUGGUGCCUGGAUCUGCUCAGCCGUUCAACUUUGCCAAAGAAUUUGGGCUCUCAGAAGCAGAGGUACCUAGAAAUUCCUGUUGGGAGGGGGAAAUUGCUUGCUGAUAAGCACAUAGUACGGUAUGUUUCCGCAUGCACUGGGCCAGUGACAUAUUGGGACAGCCCCAUCGUCAUCAUGGCAGCCAUGAAGUCCUGAGCCAGUUGCUUUGGCAUGAAUGUUGAAGUCCCACAGAACCAGCAGCCUGGGAGUCCUCAGCACCGCCUCUGAGACCAGCUCUGUCAAUUCAGGCAGGGAGACUACUGGGUGGCGAGGUGGGCGGUAAACCAGCAGAAUCCCUAAUCUGUCCUGAUUGCCCAGUGCCAGGAUCCCCCCAACUGGACAGAAAGCCUGGACAGAAAACUGGACAGAAAGCCUGGAGAGAGAAAUGAAAUCUCUAUAGACCACAGCAACUCCCCUCCCUGACCCUCAAGUCUGCCCUGAUGUUGCACCAAGUACCCAGGUUGGCAUGGCUGGGUGAGACCAACUCCACCCUGCACACCCACCCAGGUCUCAGUGAUACAGAGCGGGUUGGCCUCUGCCUCUGCCGUGUGCCCCUUACCUGCCCUGUCCCCCCCACACACCCAGAGCCACUGUGCUUGGGGUCACCUCUGCCUUCCCCAGCUCCUCUUUACCUAGAACACAUUCUACAUUCCUUAUUUUAAAACAACAAACCCCCCAAAUUUCAAAACACAUGUUAGUAGCAGUUAAAAACAAUUUAAAACAUUUUAAACAAUUAGGGCAAUAAUAACAGCAGUGCAAACCCCCAACAAAUGCCCCUAACAAUAUCCGAACCCAAGAGUCUGUUCAGCCACCUCAGCUUUGCUGCUUGAGUCAGUCAGUGGAAAAGCCCUGCAAGGCAGGGAGUAGAUCUUCCAGGACUGACAGCCAAGGUGGUUGAUGCUUCUUGCUUACCUGGAAUGAAGGGAGUGUGAUUGCAUGUAGAAACUCUCCUAAAGUACAAAAAGUUACAUUAUUCAUUCUUGCAUUUCCCCCUACCUUUUCCUCCAAGGAGUUCAAGGGGGCAUAUAUAGUUCUCCCUCUCAAUCCCCACAACAUCCCUGUGAGGUCGGUUAGGCUAAGAGGCAGUGAUUGACCCAAGGUCACCCAGUGAGCUUCAUGGCCAAGUGGCGAGUUGAACCCUGGUCUCACAGGUCCUAGUCCGACCCUCUAACCACUGCACCAUACUAGCUCUCAGUUGCUCCUCUCACUUCUGCUUCUGUCCCCACCCACCGACCCUCAAGCUGAAGAAGGUUCCCCAGUCCUGAUAUAGAGGGUUACAGGGUUGCCCAUGCCUGCAUUAAAGCACUGGAAUCUGCUAUGGAAAGGAACCCUUUUUUUGUACAGGGGAUAGAAACCAGAUCUCUUGUUGCCCAGCUCCUCAUUUUCACUUUAUCUGCUGUUUCAGGCUUUGGAAAUCAGCGACCAUUAUCCUGUAGAGGUGGAACUGAACAGAGCCCAUUGGAGAUGCCAGCAAGCCAGUCCAGCUGGCCUUGUGUUGCUGGCCUUAGUCAUGCUGGCUGGCUCAGGAUAUGGCAUCUAAAGCUGUUCUGAUACCAGGGGUCCAAAUGCUGGUGGCUGCCUUGACUCUACAGUGACAGAAGUGUAGAACUGCCAAGAGGAUUCCCUUUUUUUACAUGAGAAUGGAUGGCUUGCCUGUGGUCUCCCAUGGAGUGUGCUUUGACGUGGGACUUUCACAGUUCACACUUGGUCAGCUAGCAUAUUUUUGUUGCCCCUGCAGUCCAGUACAAGCAGAUUUCAAACACUGAAGGAAGCAAUAUAUUGGUGCAGUCGGAGCUCCCUCUGCAGCAGAAGGGAACGUGGAUCUUUCAGCACAACUGGACCACUUAUAGGAAGGUGAAUUCUGUCUGGCAACUGCACCAAAGAAGAAUUGCAUGGAUUUUCAGGCACCCUCAUUCUCUUUCAGAGUCCAAGCUUCCCAGGACCAGAUCUGGGUACUGUUUCAAGCUGCUUCAGAAAUUUGCAAAAAGGGAAUCAGCUGGCUGCUGAUGAAAGUUUGUGUCACUGCUCAGUUACAAUCAAAGAAUUGGGAUGGGCCUUGAAAAGGGCCAACGAAUCAUCUGACCUUUUGCCAGAAGGACCUAUCCACACACAGUACAGACAUGGGACUGUACCAUUCUGGACUACAGGUGGGGUUCAUUGAAACUGAAUGCUGCUCUGUGUAAAAAACUGCCUCUCUGUGAAAAGCUGGCAUAUCAGAGAGAAGGAGGCCCCAUCUGCACCAUUUAAAGCAGGAUCACAGCACCUUAAUCAGCCAUGGUUUCCCCCAAAGCAUCCUACGGGGAGUAGUAAGUUAAGGGUGUUGAGAGUUGCUAGGAAGCCCCUGUUCCUCUCACAGAGCUACAAUUCCCAGAGUUCCCUGGGCAGAGGGAUUGACUGUUAAACUAGUCUGAAAAUUGUAGCUCUGGAAGGAGAAUUGAGGUUGCUCCUUGUAAUUCUCAGCACCCUUAAGAAACUGGAGCUCCCAGGAUUGUUUGGGGGAAGCCAUGGUUGUUUCAAAUGGCAUGAUACUACUUUAAAUGGGUGGUGCAGCCAGAGCCAGAAGCUGCUAUCAUUCUCCCUGUUGUGUUAAUUCCCAGGGUGCAGGGAGGGUUUUUUUUAUAGGAGGUGGAGCCUACCUGCAUUUUAAAGUAGCACAGUCCCAAUAAAGCUUCACGGAGGACUUUUUCCACAUGAGUAAAUCUCAAUGCCCAACCUAAAAAAAGUCUUCCAAGCAGAGGCGUAGGAAGGGGGGGCAGGGGGAGCAGGCCUUCCCGGGUGCCCUCACUGAGGGGGGUGACAUUCGGUGCACCGCCCACCCAUGACUCCCAAGCCUACCCCGAGCCUUUGGAGUAAGGGGGGGGCUGGGCCACAUUCCCCCCUUCCCCCUUUGUUUUGACAGCUUGGGGGAGGCUUGGGAGUUGCGGGCAGGCAACAUGCUGAAUGUCUGCCAUGGACAGCUUGCCCCACCCCCAUGAGCAGCUUGCUCCGCCCCUGGCUGCAGGGUGCAUGCGCCACUCCAGGCACCCUCUGCGCCAUGCCCUCCUUGGGAGCACACCCACCCUGGGCAGAGUGGGAAUAUGCUGUGCCACUGCUUCCAAGCCAAAAAACAUAAGCAGAACUUCACCACCUUUCUAAUCCUCCUCCUACUGCUGAAGUUCUCUUUAGGAAGAACUAUUAAGGAAGUGCAGCCGAGAUCUACCUCUCAGUCGCUUAAAUAAUUUACCUCUUGUACUUCUUCCUCACCCACAAUUGAUAGGGUGAUCUAUCAGCAGGUCAGCGUGCUCAAUGAUCAGGCUUUUCCCUCCCUGCCUUUUUUAAAAAUAAGAACAGGUCAUAUGUGCUAUUCUUCCUGAAAAACAGGGCAGUCUAGGUGAAAGAGAAAAUGGUAAAGGACAUACAAAGAGGAACCGUGUUCUCAGAAUGGAAAGUAGCACUGAAACUUCUUGCCAUUUUUGACUCAGGGAACAUUCUCAUAAGCAACAAUAUGACAAAGCUCUCUCUCCCCCCCCCUCGUGUGUGUGUGUGUGUGUGUGUGUGUCUAUGUGUGUGUGACAGAGAGAGCACAUUGUGUAAUCUCAUCCUCUUACUCUAUAGGAAUCAGUAGAUGCCUAUUUUCUCCUGUAUAAAGAGGUGCACAGUAACAUAGGAAGAUGCUUUAAUGAUGACUCAAACCACUUGUCUGUCAGUCUUCUCUGGUUGUGGCUCUGUGGGGCUUCAGGCAGGGGUCUGGCCCAGUCCUGCCUGGAGAGGCUGGGGACUGAACAUGGGAAUUUUGCAUGUACAGUGGUACCUCAGGUUACAUACACUUCAGGUUACAUACGCUUCAGGUUACAGACUCCACUAACCCAGAAAUAGUACCUCGGGUUAAGAACUUUGCUUCAGGAUGAGAAGAGAAAUCGUGCUCCGGCGGCGUGGCAGUAGCAGGAGGCCCCAUUAGCUAAAGUGGUGCUUCAGGUUAAGAACAGUUUCAGGUUAAGAACGGACCUCCGGAACGAAUUAAGUACGUAACCAGAGGUACCACUGUAAAGCAUGUGUUCUGCCACUGAGCCAGAGCCCUCCUCUAUCAUUCUGAUUUCUAAGUUGCAUUAAAGGACAGCUUUGAAGCUGACAAGACCAAACACACAGUUUAGAAGGCUGUGCCAUAAAUCAGGUGCUAUGGAUUUUUCAGUUGCUUUGUUUUCGGCUGUGGGUCGGUUCCCUCUCUUUCUAGGAAGAGACGUAUAAAGAGGGUUGGAUAUGGAUUACAGUAUAUAUGUUAGUAGAAUUUUCAUGCAGUAGAAACUCUAAACUCAAUGAUAAAAAGCAAAUGCUUUUUGUGAUGUUCUAUAAUGGUUUUCUGUAGCCUAUCUUGGGUCAUGAUUGAACUAAACUUCAGAAGAUAAUUGGUUUAAAUAAGGAACAUUUUCCAGGGGGGUAGUCAUGUUAGUCUGCUGCUGCAGCAGCAGCAACAAAAAGACUUGUGGCACUUUAAGAUGUAAUCCCUUUUAUUAUAGCAAAACCUUUCAUGGGGUGUAAUCUUCAGGUAUGGGCAACAAAUGUAAGGAUGGAAGUGAACUGCAAUGGAAUACAAAAAGUACAGUCUGACAAUUCAACUAGAGCUUGAAUGUAUGCAAAAUGAGGAACAUUUAAUCCAUGCCAAAAUGAUGCAGCUUGGUUUCAGUGGUCCUCAGCAAGGUUCAAAAAAUACAUCAACAAAUGGACCUUCUCACCUUGACCAUUUCCAAUGAAGACCCUCCAAAAGAUUUGUCCUGAUAGGACAGUAUAAAAUUUAAAAAUGUAUAUACACAUAGCAGUGGGCCUCUGUAUACCAUGCACCUGUGCUUUAAUUAUACCAACAGAAAAAUCUGAAAUGAUCAAUAAAAUAAUGAAUUA